AAAGCCUGACGUCUUGCAGUUCAGCCUGAGCAGCUGCUGGAGCUACAAAGUCUUUCUUUCCUCUUCUGUCAGGAUGGGUGUGAUACGGCUUCCCAGCUUGUCUAGGAUCCUGUGUUUUACUUUUCACAUGAUUCUCAUUCUGCUUCAACAGACUAUUACAGCACGAGAACUGAAGUUUGUGGUUGUACUUUUCCGACACGGUGACCGAACACCAAUUGUGAACUUUCCAACUGAUCUACACAAAGAAAGCGAAUGGCCCCAGGGAUUUGGACAGCUCACCAAGACUGGAAUGCAGCAGCUAUUUGAACUUGGACAGUACAUGAGGAAACGAUAUUCCAUCUUCUUGAACAGCACAUACAACCGGAAAGAGUUUUAUAUCCAAAGUACAGAUUAUGAUCGCACCAUUAUGAGUGCCCAGUCAUAUCUUUCUGGACUCUUUCCACCAACUAGCAGCCAAAUUUGGAACCCUGAGCUUCUCUGGCAACCCAUUCCAGUCCACAUUUUUCAAAAAACAGCAGAGCAGAGGCUGAACUUUCCUCUGCCCAACUGUCCUCGUUUUGAUGAGCUUCAGCAUGAAACACAAACAUCAAAAGAAUUUCAAAGUAGAAUACAACCAUAUAUGGAUUUUUUACAAACAAUGGCAGUUAACACAGGGCUUGAACUAAAUCACCUUAAAAUACUGGAUAAUUUCCAGCUCUGGAAUACAUAUGAUACUCUACAUUGUGAGGGUAUUCACAAUUACACUCUCCCUGUAUGGGCCACUGCAGAUGUAAUCAACAAGAUGGAAAAACUGGCAGAAUUGUCCUUACUCUCAUUAUUUGGGGUUUAUAAAACAGAAGAGAAAUCACGACUACAAGGAGGUGUCCUUGUGAAUAUUAUUUUAAACAGUAUUAAACAAGCUGCAAAUUCUUCAAAACCAACAAAAAUGGAGGUCUACUCUGCACACGACACCACAGUUGGGGCCCUCCAGAUUGCUCUCAAUAUUUUCAAUGGAAAACUGCCACCAUAUGCUGCUUGCCAGUUUUUUGAACUCUACCAAGAAAGCAAUGGGCAAUAUAGCAUCGAAAUGCAUUAUCGGAACGACACUUCCAAGGAUCCUUAUCUCCUCACUUUGCCAGGGUGCACCUCUUCUUGUCCACUUGAGAAGUUUGCUGAACUAGUUUCUCCUGUGAUUACAGAAAACUGGUCAAAAGAAUGUGGGAAGAAAGACAAAAUGAAAGAUAUUUUUAUUGGAUUUAAUGUUGCUGUUGGCUUGUUGUCCAUUUUUAACCUUGUACUGCUCUACCUCCUUUAUCAUUAUGGACGCUGCAGGACAAGAAACAACUACCAAGACAUUUAA